AUGCUACGGGUUUUGAAAAUCAGUUCGUUAACCCCUUUCCGUACCAAUAAUUCCCAGGUCACCUGCCAAAUCAGCCACUUCGCAGCAGCACGCAACCCACGCUACUUCACAGACCCACUCGAGUAUCGUCCACAGCGAUGGCUUCCAUCCAAGCAUCCGAAAUACGAAGACAAACAUCAGAACGAUGAUCCUAAGGCUUUUCUACCAUUCAAUCAAGAGCCUAGAAUGUGUUCAGCCUCUGCAAUUGCAUGGACGCAGAUGAAAUUAUAUCUUGCGAAGGUCUUGUGGACAUGUGAUAUAGAAGCGGGGCCAGGUCAAGAAUUAUCUUUCGAUCGAGGUUUCUCUGUUUGCACUAUGUGGAAUAAACUACAGUUUUGGGUCGGAUUUGUACCGGUGAAGAGUAAAGAGGGACGAUGA